AUGACCACCUUCAUCCAUCCCUACCAUCUGCCAGUGGGGGAUUUCCCAUUUGGCACAUGCUUCGAUGGGAUAGCAUUGACACCGUCCUCGUCAGGAUGCCUGACCACCCUUCCACCCUAUCGCAUAAGCACAGAUUCCCCCGCAUCUCGAGGCAACAUGGCUUUUCAACCGGCAAUGAACCAAGUCGCCGAUGCUUCUUUCUUUGACGAGACGAUCAGCACCUCGUCGAUGUCGACCCAGGUGGAUUUCUGUUUUCCUCCAUUCUCCCCCCAACAAGUCACGGAGGCGAAGAUACCCGAGGAUCCUAAGCCUCUGAAAGCCGUCUUGUUGACCGUGGAGGUCUCGGCCAAAUUGGAAGAUGAUGUCUCUGAACCGACCGCGGAUGAAUCGAAAAGAAAGAAGCGUGAUAGGAAGCCCAAAGGCGCUCGCAAAGGGCCCUCAAAAGCGCCUAGAUUAGAGGACUCUGACGGUGAAGCCCAUCCUAGGGAUCCCCGCCGACGACGCAUUCUUGAGCGCAAUAGAAUUGCUGCGACGAAGUGUCGUCUGCGAAAACGGGAUGAAGUAUCAGCACUCGCCUCCCGUGAGCAGGCCAUGGAGGACCAAAACCGGGACUCGUCGUCAAUAUUCGAUCAGCUCACAGCCGAGAUCUAUCACUUGAAGACCCAGCUGCUGCGUCACACGGAUUGCAGCUGCGUCCUCAUCCAGAAAUACAUUGCUCAUGAGGCUAGAAAAUCCGUCGACGGACUCCCGCCCUGUCCUUCGCCCUUCCAGGCCAAUGUGGCGCCCUUGAUUGGAUAUCAACGAGGCUCGAGUAGAAGCGUAGCAAGCGCCAUCGAUUCACAUGGUAUCCGUACCCCUGAGAUGGAGAGUGUUCCGCCUAUAUGGACCGAUCCAUCUCAGCAGGACUCGGGCUCACCGGAAGUGGGGGUGGAUAUCUUUGACAUGGCACUAGAACCGAUUCAAAAGGAACCCAUCCCAGAGUCAUGUCAACCAAUUUCGAGCAUUCCGUCGAUGCAUGUAUGCUGCUAUCAGGGAACCUGCGUCGAUACGGGACCCCAGCUGCAGCCAUCGGAUGGUGUACUUUGGGGAUUGCAAUGGGAAUUCUGA